AGAACGAGUUUUCAUCAAAACCAACUCUCCACACAAGCGAUCAACGAACAAUUUAUUUAGUCAGUUUCUGGCGGUUCUCCAUCGAUUGAGCAUCUCACAGUGCGAGCGUGACAUCCACAGAAGGCAGCAUUAUAAAGUUUUGUGUUUUGUACAAAUUGUCUAAAGAGAGAAGACGCCCAAGAUGAUGCUGAAGCUUUUGGGAUUAUUUGGCCUUUUUGCCAUGUGCAGUGCCCAAGCAAAGGUGCCUGUCUUCGUAUACUACGAGAGUCUCUGCCCCGAUAGCCAGGCUUUCGUUACGCAGCAGCUCUAUCCCGCCAUGAAAGGACCACUUGGCAAGUUUGUGGAUCUCAAGCUUGUGCCUUUUGGUAAAUCCAACUACACAACUCUUGGGGCAGAUGUGCAGUUCACAUGCCACCAUGGACCGAAUGAGUGCUACGGCAACAAGAUCCAGGCAUGUGCCAUUGAGCACAUUCAGGUGAAUUCCUACCAGCACGAGCAUACCCGUGAAUCCCUCACUCUUGAAUACAUCAACUGCCUCAUGAAAGUGGGCAACAACUUCCCUGAUUCAAUCUACCCGGGUGAGAAGUGUGCCCGUCAGACUGGUGUCCCCAAUUGGGAGAACAUUGAACGAUGCGCCAACACCACGGAGGGUAGCAAGGUGCUCCAGCGUUUCGGUGAUCUCACAAAUAUGCUCCAACCGGGACUUAGCUCCGUGCCCACAGUGACCUUCCGUCAGAAGUACGACAUUGAUGCCCAGAGGUUGGCUAUUGCGAACUUUGGUGCUGCUCUGUGCAAGAAGAUCUCCACACCAACACCCAUUGAGUGCUCCAACAUUCCCGGUGCUGCUGCUGAAAAAUCCUCCGCGGUCCUCGUCACCAUUGGAGCUCUCAUCCUUUCGCGCUUCUUCUAAAUCCAUCACACUUGCGGGUCAUGCCUCAAGAGAACUUCCAUCCAUCUGAGAUGGAAAACAGCAGAAAAGUGUACUUCUCACCCAUUAUUCCACCUUUUCUUAUCCUGUUGAUGUGGAUAAGAGCAUAUAAAGACAACACAACUCACAAGUACAGCAUAAAAGAAAAAGAAUUUUUUAAGGAAAAACUCCAGAAUAAUUUUUCCCCCUCACUGUCAUUUCCCGUCCGCGCGAGAAUCUCAAUUUACCAACAUUUUCUCUUUUUUUCGUGUAAAAAAAAAUAGAUUUUGUUUUAGGAUUAUUCUUCCAAAGUUGUGUACUACCAGAUUAAAGUAUAGAAGAUAUAAUAAAGAAAUUAUGGAAGAAAUAU